GAAGAGAAACUGGUUAUUUUAAUGGAGAAGCAUAGGGUUGGGCUCGGAGUGAAGCCUGGAGAGGAGUGUCCGAGGCCGCGCGUUAGGGGCUCGCUGCCACCGUUCGCCUUGCUGAUAGAUUUGAAAGCCGUCGGUUCCUGGUCCUGGCCGUGCGGCGAGGGUCAGAUCUGACGGCGGGCUUCGGUUGUGCCUGUUUCCGCUGCAGUCUGUGUUCAUCCGUGCUGUGGACUUUGGAACUCUUGCAGUUUGAUGGGUAGAGCUUAACCAGCUACUGUCCCUCUUCUUGGUUCUUCGCAAAUGGCUUUUGGAAUGUAAAGGAAUCGCUUGACUUCCAUAACAAUUCUUUUCUCCCUGUUCCUGAUGCAAGGCGUGUGGUUUCCCUCCGAUUAAUGAUCGUUGCUCUGCAUCUUCCCCUCUCCGUCACCGCGUCAGCCUCUGUGUUUGGCGUGCGCACGAAGAAGAGGAAGAAGAGUGCACGUCGACUUCAGCAACUUUGUUGAAUUUUCUCCGUGCCUUUGUGACUUCCAUGCCUCCUAACUUGGACAGCCCUGUUCGGACCCAGAUGGCAGUUGCAGUGUUGAAUCGGCCCGGUGGUGAUUUCUGCGGCAGCAGAACUUGUGAGGCAAAACCGGUAGGAAGGAGACGAGUCUUUGUCCAGACUGAGACUGGCUGUGUGCAUGUGCUCCAUUUAGACCGUCAAGAUAAUGCGCACACUGUGAAAAGAAAACUGCAGAUUGCUCUCAAUGUUCCUACUGAGGAGAGCUCCCUAACGUUUGGUGAUCUCGAGUUAAAGAAUGAUCUGAGUGUUGUCCGUGGUGAUUCUCCGUUGCUUCUCACUCGCAGUUCCAUGCACAGAAGUUGCUCCACUCCAUGCUUGUCCCCGACCAUGAAAGAUCUUGAACAAAGGGACUUAGGUGGGCCGAUCGAGAUAUUGGGUUGCUCAACUCAGUGUGCUCGGAUGAAACAGCUUGUUAAGGAUGCUAUGAAGGCUAUAAAAAAUGGUAUCGAACCUGUACCUGUUCACAAUGGGCUUGGAGGUGCCUACUACAUCAGGAAUAAGAAGGGUGACAAAAUUGCAAUUGUGAAGCCUACAGAUGAGGAGCCAUAUGCACCUAACAACCCAAAAGGUUUUGUUGGAAAAGCCCUUGGUCAGCCGGGCCUGAAAAGAUCGGUACGAGUUGGUGAGACGGGCUUCAGAGAGGUUGCUGCUUACCUUCUGGACUAUGGAAAUUUCGCAAAUGUUCCUCCAACGUUGCUGGUAAAGAUCACCCACUCCGCGUUCCAUGUCAACAAUGAGAUGAAUAACACUAACUGGAAUGGUGGCAGGAAGCAACAGGUUAUAAGCAAGAUUGCUUCAUUCCAGCAGUUCAUUCCACAUGAUUUUGAUGCUAGCGACCAUGGAACAUCGAGUUUUCCUGUGGCAGCAAUACACAGAAUUGGGAUACUAGACAUACGGAUUUUCAACACUGAUAGGCAUGCUGGAAAUUUGCUGGUAAGAAAAAUUGAGAAUGGGGUUGGGAGAUUCGGAGGAAUAAUGGAACUGAUUCCCAUAGAUCAUGGUCUCUGCUUGCCGGAGGGCUUGGAGGAUCCUUAUUUUGAGUGGAUUCAUUGGCCACAAGCAUCGGUGCCAUUUUCUGAGGAUGAGUUAGAAUAUAUAGCCAAUCUUAAUCCAAUUAAAGAUUCCGACAUGCUUCGGAGGGAGCUGCCGAUGAUUCGGGAAGCCUGUCUGCGAGUUUUGGUCCUGUGCACAAUUUUUCUCAAGGAAGCAGCAACUUUCGGGCUUUGCCUAUCAGAGAUUGGCGCGAUGAUGAGUCGAGAAUUUAGUGGAAUGGAAGAAGAACCUAGUGAGUUGGAGCUCAUCUGCCUGGAAGCCAGGAAGUUUGUGGGAGAAAGAGAAGUAUUUUCGCAGGCCUCUGAUCUUGAAGAGGAAGAUGCUUUCCAGUUUCACAUGGAAUACAACGAGGAAGAUCAGCAUAUGAUGUACAACCCAAUGCAAUCCUUCGGUUGUGGACUCGGUGGAGGUUGUUCCAGAAACCCUCUGUCAAUGUUAGAGGAAAGCAUAGAGGAGGAGGAGGAGGGUGACGAGGAGAAUAAAAAGAACACAGCAACAGAAAGCAAUGGUGUCUCACGAGAGCAGGAUAUGUUCCGAUAUGCCACCAACCUUUCCACAUCACUGAAAUUCAUCAGCCUCACUGAAAAAGCACAAAGAAACUGGGUUGGAACAUACAAUGAAAAUGCGAAGGCAAUCAAUAGGGUUGGCACCAAUGGCCCAUUUCAAGGUCGAAACAGCAGGAGCGCCGAAGAAAAGCUGCCUCCGAGUACCAGUUUCGUGAAGCUGUCUGACAUGGAUGAAGAACAAUGGGGGGUAUUUCUCGAGCAUUUCCAGGAGUUAUUGCCGAAUGCUUUCCAGAGUCGCAGAAGCUUGUUCUCGGGCCAAAAACUGAAGCAAAGGCUGGGCACUUCUUGCCAGUUUUGAGUAGUAGGAGACUAUAGAGCAGAAAGACAAGGGUAGAUUGUGCUUGAUACUGUUUUUACAGUUUUGCUGUUUGGGCUGCCCUUUCCUUGUAGGUGUAAUGCUUAUCGAAAAGUGUUGUAGGAAUAACACCUCAGAAAUUGGUGAGAAAGUGAGCUUGUGUUGCUCUCUGUAUAUUUCUAGGUUGUAGUUGUUUGAAAUAAAACUAGAAAAAUUCAUGUAAAUUCUUUUAGAUAUGAAACUAUCUUUGAUCAA